UAUGAUCAUUGUUUUAUUAAUAAAAGAAUUAUAAUAGUUUUGUUUAACUAAAAAUGUAUAUGAAAUUUGCAAUUGGUAUUUAAACAAGACAUUAGUUUUAAAAUAUCACAUUUUAACCUUUUUGAUAUUUAUUUCACUCAGAUUUUCAGUGUCGUGUCCUUAUUGUAUUUUGCACUGUUUAUAACUUAGAUAAAAGACCAAACACCCGCCCAGUCAAACGCAUUUGCUUCUCUGGAUUGGUGGCUGGUGUUGGGCAUCUGGGGGGCAGAGGCUUUAAAACAACGUGAGAGUCUCGUCCCGUCAUAACCGCAGGCAGGCACUUCAAUAAGCCAUCUUUAUCAGCAUGACGUGCUUUAUUUGUAUUUUUGUCUUUCAUCUCUCUGCGUUUUUAAUGGGGGUGCAGGGAACUUAUGGCCCUUACGCACGGAACCACAACCAGCUGUACGUGGACAGGCAGAGAUCUCAUUUUACCCCUAAUAUUCCUGGACACGGGAACUCUAUUAAUUUUGGAGCUCAUGGCUUUAAUCACAGGUUUCACGGCUAUCAUCAUCGCCAUCCUCAUUAUCAUCAGCGGCCCCCUUGGAAGUGGCCUCCCUUUACGUACCACCAUCAUCCUGCUCAACCUGUCCGACCCAUCUCACCUGUUCAACCGGUCCGACCCAUCUCACCUGUUCAACCUGUCCGACCCAUCUCACCUGUUCAACCGGUCCGACCCAUCUCACCUGUUCAACCGGUCCGACCCAUCUCACCUGUUCAACCUGUCCGACCCAUCUCACCUGUUCAACCGGUCCGACCCAUCUCACCUGUUCAACCUGCCCGACCCACCCCGCCUGUUCAACCUGUCCGACCCACCCCGCCUGUUCAACCUGUCCGACCCACCCCGCCUGUUCAACCUGUCCGACCCACCCCGCCUGUUCAACCUGUCCGACCCACCCCGCCUGUUCAACCUGUCCGACCCACCCCGCCUGUUCAACCUGUUCAACCUACCCUGCCUGUUCAAACAGUCCAACCCAUUUCGUCUGUACAACCCAUUGUGCCCACAACACCCAGAAUCCCAGUGAUGUCACCUGCGCCAACAGUGCCUAUGCCACUCACCACGGUAACCACCCUUGCCCCCCAACCUCCAACACAGACUACAACCACUCCUCAGUCGGUCAGUACCCCUCGUGGCACAACUGCCCCUGCCGAACCUCCCACUGAUCCAGCUCCAUCAGAACUUUGCAAGAGCCGUCCGCUGGACCUGGUUUUUAUUAUCGACAGCUCUCGCAGUGUUCGACCUGCUGAGUUUGAAAAGGUUAAAAUCUUCCUUUCUGAAAUGGUUAACUCUCUGGAUAUUGGGUCCGAUGCCACACGGGUAGCUCUGGUCAACUACGCAAGCACCGUCAGCAUUGAGUUCAACCUGAAAAAGUACUUUAGCAAGGCAGAGGUCAAGCAGGCCUUCUCCCGUAUUGAUCCGCUCUCAACGGGGACCAUGACUGGCCUGGCCAUCAAAACCGCCAUGGAGCAGGUUUUCAAAGAAGAUGCUGGGAUGCGGGCAAAGAAGAAGAAUAUUCCUAAGGUGGCCAUCAUCGUGACCGAUGGGAGACCCCAGGACAAAGUCGAAGAGGUGGCAGCAGCUGCAAGGACUUCUGGGAUUGAAAUAUAUGCAGUUGGAGUGGACAGAGCAGAUAUGCGGUCCCUAAAACUUAUGGCCAGUCAGCCUUUGGAUGAUCAUGUGUUUUAUGUGGAGACAUAUGGCGUAAUUGAGAAACUCACAUCUAAGUUCAGGGAGACUCUUUGUGGUUUCGAUGUUUGUGCAAUUGGGCACAACUGCGAACAUAUUUGUGUCAACAACAAUGCUUCUUAUUUCUGCAAGUGCAGGGAGGGAUAUGUCCUCAACUCAGACAAGAAAACAUGUGCUAAGCAGACCAACGAGGAGGCGAGAGGGGAUUUGUCUGUGAAUCCUUGCAUGUGUGAGGCUCAGAUUGCAUUUCAGAAGAAGGUCCACAACAGCAUACAGCAGAUCACCAGCAAACUGGAUGACAUCACAAACAGAGUGCAACAGUUUGAUGGCAAUGGGGUCUAGAGCAGAUCAUGGAACUCAUAGAUCAGGAGCAUACUUUAACAAUUUUCUUGUGACACUCAUCUUUCCAUUCAUUUAAUCUAUUAAAGGCGGGGUACAUGAUCUCUGAAAGCCAAUGUUGACAUUUAAAUCACCUAAACAAACACGCCCCUACCCCAAUAGAAUCUGGACCUUCAUUUGAUAGACCCGGCCCACACAUACGCAACCCAGGCAACGAUGUCGGUUAGUAGACACGCCCCUUACUGCUUAUUGGCUACAAGUGUGUUUUGGUAGUUGACCGACUCCCUUUUCCUAAGUAUUUUUCACAAAUCACGCACCCCACCUUUAAUUCUGUCUUAAAUUGUGAAUAUUGUACAAUUAUAUUAGAUUUUAAUAUGAUCAGUUAUAUUUAGAUAUUCUGACAAAAGUUAUAAGCACUGGUUAGGUUGUUGUUUUGCUGAACAAAUAUCCAUUUGUUUUAAAAAAGUAGACAUGUAAAACAUGAAAAGUAAUGUGUAAAGUGUAUACAUAUAAUUCAUUUUUAUGUUAUUGUCUGUUUUGGAUGUCUGCACAA